AUGAACUAUGGCUUCUGCAUCAUGGAUAACCCAACAGAUUACCGUAUCAUCAAAUUGGGCGUAGGGCAAGACAGUCCGUUGGGCAAGGCCAGAGCGCGCCAGAUCCAGAUGUUCCCAGCUGCUGCCAAGAAUCACGAUGAGCACUACUACAUCUUCAACAUCUUUUACCCGCUUCUGUCCCCAAACCGCCCUAUGGAACACUCGAUCUUCUCUCCAGCACUGUUCGAUGCAUUGACCAUUAUGCAUGGCAAUGAGCGUGAGAAUAGGAGCAUCGAAAUUGACGAAGGAUCGAUAAUUAUCCCCCAGACAUAUGGCAACGGACGCUGUGCACUGGCAGCCUUGGCACAGCUAAGCCACGAGCUGAUUGCGCAUAUCAUGCAACUUCAAGAUUCUGGGAGAGACCUGCCAUCGGAACCAAAGAACGUUAGACAGAUGUUUUGCAAGGUCUACCGUGACGGCCUGAUCACCAUGGACAAGACAGCACUGAUCAUCGCGACUUGGACGAUUGCACGCGCGAGAGCCCUCAACCGUGGCGAAGAAUGGGCCGACACUAAGUCCCUACUCGAAGAGCAUUUGUCACAUAUCCCCAAAGGCCACUUCUCAGAUCAUGUCAUGUCUCAACUCCAAGUUCGUAUUCUCGAGCGUACCUCUUUGCUUCCAAAGAACGGUCAACUUUUCCGAAUCGGAGAACUUUAUAGUCUACUGCCAGAGAAGAUGCAAGCCCCGGCCCAAGCUUGCUUCAAUGCUGUGCUCGGAUACAUUCAGAAUCAUGUCCCUGGGCUGGCAGUCGACCCGCAAAGUCUCUUCUCGCUUGUUGUGGGUAUCCUGGUGGCAACUUGCCAGUCACCUCAGGCCAAACCCAAGCUUUCACCGCGUCUGACAAAAUGGGUUGGUUUCCUUCUCGAGCAAUACCCAGCGCCUACAGUACUUGAUGUGGAGCAUGUGGUGGGAAGAGAAAACAUUGAUGCAAUGGGCCAGGUGGUAAGCAAUUCGAUGGCUCGAGCAUGGCUGGACGAGGCUGGAGUGACCUGGAUUGGUCCGGAGUCCACCUGGAUGAAGCCCGGCUGGCUCCAGUGGGCAUGGAAGGUGGCCAAAGAAGAGAUGGUGCUUUUACCUUUGGAGCCAUUGCGCGUGCUGGUGACAGAAAACCCCCCCGAUGCAGAAGCAGGCGGUUGUGUACGUGCCAAAUGA